CUAUACUUGUUCCUCAGGCACUUCUACCAUUAUUUCGCAAAAUGCCUUCCACUUGUGUUACCAUGGUAAAUUGCCUCUAUGAACCUGGUGGUGUGGGCAGCCCUUCCAACCCAGAGAAAUUUCAAGGCCAAGACUAUGAGCAACUCAAGGAAUCUCUUCUCAGCAAGGGGGAAUUAUUUACGGAUGAUGCUUUCCCAGCAAAUCUUGAUUCUCUGGGCGAAAUAGAGGGUCUAACUGCUGAGCAGCUGAGAGAAGUGGAGUGGUAUAGACCCGGGGAACUGGGAGAAGGUGAUCCUUGCUUUGUUGUUGAUGGGGCUUCAAGGUUUGACUUCAGUCAAGGAGAAAUUGGCAAUUGCUGGCUUCUUGCAUCUUUUGGCUCGCUGACACUUCGGAAAUCAUUAAUGGCACAAGUGGUGCCUUCAGACCAGAACUUCAAGGAUGGCUACGCUGGAAUAUUUCACUUCAGGUUCUGGAGAUUUGGAAAGUGGGUGGAUGUUGUCGUCGAUGAUCUGCUGCCGACACGCAACUUCCUGCCAGUGUCAGUUUCCUCCAAAUCUGGGACUGAGUUCUGGGCCCCCCUGAUGGAGAAAGCUUAUGCCAAGGUGUGUGGCUCCUAUGGAGACAUGAUUGCUGGAAAUCCAUCGGAGGCCUUCAUGGAUUUCAGCGGCAGGGUGCACAUGAACUACAAACUCACCAAACAGCCCAGUGACCUGUGGGACGUGAUGACCAGAGCCACCCAGGCCAAAACUAUGAUGGGAUGUGCCACGUAUGGACAGGAGAAAGGAAAACCAGGAGAAGAGGCUGGUCUGGUGAGCGGGCAUGCCUAUGCCGUGACAGGAGUCAAACAGGUUUUGAGUGAAGGGAUGGAGGUGAAUCUGGUGAGAAUCUGGAACCCGUGGGGUCGGAAGGAGUGGAAUGGAGACUGGAGUGACAAAUCAGAGUUGUGGGAAACUGUUAGCUCUGACGUCCGUGACCAGUGCCUCAAAGUGCGCAAUGAUGGAGAAUUCUGGAUGACUCUUGAGGAUUACUGUGUCUACUAUGAAGACAUGGACAUCUGUUGUGACAGCCCCAACUUCCUGGAUGAUGAUGCUGCCUGCCAAUGGAAGUGCUCAAUGAAGGAAGGUUGUUGGGAAGCAGGGGAAUCUGAUGUAGGCUCUGACUGCGCUUCAGAGGAGUUUUGGAAAAAUCCCCAGUUCCGCAUCAGAGUGAAGGCAGUGGAAGGAGAGAGCCAAGGAAGCAAGAACAUCUUAGUGUCUCUCAUGCAGAAAUCUGAUGAAGAAAAGCGCAGCAAAGUGGAAUAUCACGCCAUUGGCUUCAUGAUCUAUGAGGUUCCACCAGAGGCACCAAAAGGGCAGCUCACCGCUUCACUGAUGGGAGACAGCUCCCCUCUUGAAGUCAGUACGUUCUGUUUUGCGAGGGAGAUCGUUGAGCUCCACAGCUUGCAGCCAGGAGAGUAUGUGAUCAUUCCCUGCACAUCCGAACCUGAGAAGACUUCAAGCUUCAUCCUCACAAUUUACUCCAAGGCAGAGGCCGAGCUGGAGUGA